AUGACGGUCUUCCCACGAAGGGAUAGACUAGAAAAAAGUCAUGUUUUCCUUCCUCAACAGUGUGUCCUUUGUACGAGUCAAUGUGAAACCUCUACUCAUCUAUUUUUCCUGUGUCCUUUCACAAUUGAUGUUUUCCUCCAUUGGCAAGCCUCUAAGGGUUGGCCGUGUCUACCUGUUUUGGCUAAUAUUUCGGCGUCAAGCUCUUUUAAAGAUACUCUUUAUUUACUGAAAGGCUAUUUAUCUCAAAAAGAUUUGGCGAAAGUUGCCACGACCUGGUGGUUUAUUUGGUUUUUUCGCAAUAAGACUAUCUUCAAUGAGGAGAGUGUCUCCUCGAGGAGAGCCAGUUUUGCUAUUUCUGAGUUCUUUUCUAAUGGGUCUCGGCCCAAGCCAAAGGAGGUUGCUGGGUGGGGGGGCCAUAAGUGUGGUCCCCGUAGGGGUCCGGGUUGCUGCUGGUCUCCCCCUCCUACUGAUGUGGUUAAGAUUAAUUUUGAUGGCUCCAAGCUUAGUACGGGUCAGGCCUCUCUGGGGUUUGUGGUCCGUGACCAUCUGGGGGAAGUCAUUCUGGCUGGUUCCAAUGCGUUAGGGUGUUGUACUUCUAUCCUGCAAGCGGAAGCUUGGGGGAUGCUUGAAGCGGUGCGGGGUUCCCAUUCUUUGAACCUUUCGAAUGUCAUGAUUGAGGGAGAUAAUCUUAAAGUUAUAAAUGCGGUUAAUAAGAUUUGGCAUAUCCCUUGGGAAAUUGACAAUAUUAAUUGUGAUGUAGGUAAGGAGCUCCUGAAGUUCAAUUCGGUGUCAGUGAAGCAUUGCUUUCGGGAGGCUAAUCGUGCGGCGGACUUCAUGGCUCAUCAGAGUCACACUGUUCCCUCCCUGUGUUAUAGUUUCCCUCCUUAUGAUAUGGAUUUUUCUCUCCUCAUCCGCAAGGAUGUUUUAGGCUAG